CAUGGUGGCGGCCUUCGAUUUGGAUUGUGAUGCAGGUCUUAAUCCAGAGGAAUUCACCGAUAUGGUGCAGUCCUAUUUCCAAGGGCAAACUGCUGGAGGCACCUGGCCGAAGACACCUCUGAAGCGGAAGACUCCCGAGAUGAGACGUUUCAAGCUUUUCUCCAUGAGCAUGAGGAACUUCCGCACUGUGGACGAAGACGACGAUGACGGUCACUCGAGCUGCGGCCCGUCAAGUGGCUUUACCACGAGCAACCUGGCUGGGGACAGUCGCCUGGCCGAGUCCAGCAGCAGCAGCAGCAGCAGAAGUGGCGGGGAUGAAGAGGACAUGGCAUUCGUGUCAUCAUCCUUAUCCUUGUUAUCUCAGCCAGAGACCACGAGGGGCAAGCCCGGCAAGGCGAAGCCGCUCGCCAAGCCUCCUGCCAAGCCUGUGGCCAGCAAG